AUGUCUUUGUCCAAACUGUCCGUGCGCAGCGCCCUUCUUGGGUUGCUUGCUGCAGUUCCUUUCACCUCAGCUCACACCUGGAUUGAGCAGAUGAUGGUCAUUGCUCCAAACGGUACACUGGUCGGUACACCAGGCUUUGCUCGUGGCAAUGUUCUGCGUGGCACUGCCGGCUUCAGUGAUCCCACCAUGGUCAACCUCCUUCCACCAGAUGGGCGCACAAUCAACGAGCUCCUUUCCACCGACCUGAUGUGCAAGUCCACCCAGACUGCCCAGAACCAAACCUCCGGCAGCCCGAGACUGCAGGCAGCUGCUGGGUCAGGCAUCGCCCUCAGAUAUCAAGAAAACGGUCACGUCACCCUACCAGACAAUCAGCCAGGCAAACCUGGAAACCGUGGCACAGUCUACGUCUAUGGUACCACUCAACCUAGCCCGGACGAUGCCUUCCUUGCCAUCCACCGUGUGUGGAAUGCCGACGGCACAGGUGGUGAUGGUCGUGGUGUUCUCCUCUCUACUCAAAACUUUGAUGAUGGACAAUGUUAUCAGAUCAAUGGCGGCACAAUCUCCGCACAGCGCCAGAAGGAAUUCCCUCAUCCAACCGACAGUCUUAUGGGUGCCGACUUGUGGUGUCAGCAAGACAUUGAGAUUCCGUCUACCGCGCCAAGCGGGCAACCCUACACUCUGUAUUGGGUGUGGGAUUGGCCAACUCUGCCAGGCACAUCAGGCUUUCCUGACGGAAAGCAAGAAAUCUACACCACUUGCAUGGACGUUGAUAUUGUCGAUGAUGGUUCCUCGGAAGCAUUCUCCAAGCAGGAUGUCAGCUUUGACCAGGGUCAAGCUCUCGACAACGCAGCUGUUUCUGCCGAGCUGACAGAUAUCGCCAACCCCACGGCUGUCUCAGGCACGGUCAUUCCCUUCUCAGCAUCCGCAACCGGUCCUGUCUCGGGUGGUGCCAGCGCAGCCAGUGCAGCUGCCUCUGCCACUGAGACGGACACUGCCAUUCCGGCAUUCUUGUCCGUCCACACUGGCUCAGUGACUGGUGCUGGCGUUGAGACUCAGACUUUCAGCGUCAUUCCCAUUAGUGUCACCUACACCACUACCCAGGAGGUGUCGGCACCUACAGUGACUGCUGCCGCGACGACUGGUUCUUCUGGCCAUGGCGGUCACAACGGAAACGGCAGUGGUGGUGCUGAAGAUGCAGCCGUUGCUACAUUCACUGACUACGAUUCGAUCACACAGACUGUCUUUGAGACGGUCUACCAAACAAAGUACACCAAGCGAGCUGAAGCACCCGCACCGACUGUUGCACCUUUCCGCGGUUACCAGCUACCCGCCCAGGCACCUGCAGUGGAGGCGUCGACCGCACACCCUGCAUUCCGUCUCCGUGCACGGAAUCCUUUUGCCUGGUUCUUAUGA